CUCAAAUUACACGAAUUUUUAUGAAUUCAAUAAAAAAACGGACUUUCUGUUUUCCGGUUUACAAAGUUUUUUUCAACCGGGCGUGUAACAGAAAAACCGGACUGUUCGGUCGAAAAACGGACAUCUGGCAACCCUAUUUGAAUCGAAGAUAUAAAAUAUACAGGGUGAUCAAUUAACAAAAAUUCAUUAUGUUAGUGGCAUUUCCGGUAAAAUCGGAAGUCAGCCAUUUUGUUUAAGUAUAAGUGUUAUGAGUCUGUUUGUUCUAAAUUUUAUCCAAAUUCCUCAAUAAAUAGUAAAGAACGGGCCCUAGCUCAUUGUCCUACUACUUAGAUAAUUGUACUAACUUCUAAGAGUAAUAAGUGCUGCCUAAAUAGUCCUAUUCACAUAUUUAUUGUUGUUUAUUUUUAUUGUUAAAUAUUAAAUACUUUAUAACCUAGAAUUUAAAAUUAUAUUUUUUAUACAAAUGGAAAAACUACAGCCUCUUGUAUCUGCAGAAAUAUAUCAAAAACUAAUAAAAAGUGGAAUAAGUACAACUGUUGAUUUCCUUAUAACAAAUAAUUUCGAACUUGCAAAAAGUAUUGGAGGAUCCACUGAAGAAAUAGAAGAAAUGAAAUUGAAAUUGUCAAAACACAUUCAUAAACCUAACAGAAUAAUUAAAGCAAUUGAUUUAGAACCAUGGCCACGAUUGAGCACAGGAUGUAAAAGUAUUGAUGGCAUUUUAAGAAAAGGUAUACCUGUAGGUCGAAUUACAGAGAUUUUUGGUUGCAGUGGAGUUGGUAAAACCCAAUUUUGUUUACAAUUAGCCCUUCAAGUACAACUCCCCAUUGAUGCUGGAGGGCUUGAAAAAGGAGCUGUAUACAUUUGCACUGAAGAUAUUUUCCCAGCAAAACGUUUACACCAAUUGGCGAAUUUGUUUAAAAUCAAAAACAAUCUUCCUGGAAUAGAUUUUGAGAGUUCUGUCUAUCUAAAACAUGCUACAGAUAUAGACGAAUUGCAAAAAUGUCUUUUUUCUGAGCUGCCAAUAUUGCUUAGAAGGGAAAAUAUUGGUUUAGUGAUUAUAGACUCAAUAGCUGGACCAUUUCGGGGGGAGAAUACCCAACAGUACAUAACAAGAAGUAGAGAUUUAAUACAAAUUGCACACAAAUUAAAUGAUAUCUGUGAAGAACAUAAAUUGGCAGUAGUUUGUACAAACCAAGUGGCUGAGGAUAUAGAAAAUAGUAAAACAGAGCCUGCUUUGGGUAUAGCAUGGAGCAAUAGCAUAAACUAUCGAUGUCAGAUAUUGAGAUACAAUGACAGUUCUGUUAGGGAAUUUGAAAUUAUCUUUUCUCCUGAUUUGGCAAGAAAAAAAUGUAUUUUUUAUAUUACUCAAGAAGGUUUAGAUUGUAAGGAUUUAAUCUAAUUAGAUUACAUUUUAUUUUUCUUCAUCCGUUUUCAAUCAUUUUGGAAAAAAAAUGAAUCUCUCCUUGUUGUAAAAAAUGUUUGUAUAUACUGGGUGAUCCAAAUCACUAGGUAUUUUAAAAAUGUAAUAGCUUCUAACUUGUAAGGCCUUUUAA